GCAGACAGAAAUUUUUGAAGAUUUUCAGAUUUUGAGUCAUUUUUACUUCUAAAACUUAGGAAGCUGUUCCACUAAACCGCUAGUAUAUUGUAGAAGCUUAACGUAAGCGGUUGUAGGUUUUCUCGUGCGCGUAGCAAAAUGGGGACACCGAAACUUUUUACGGACCCCGAGUUUGGCCUCUCCAAAGCAACUCUGGAUGGUCUGGAGGAAAAUGACUACAAGGAGUCAACAACCAUACAGUCCAAAUCCAUUCCCUUUGCGCUUGAAGGGAAAGAUAUCCUGGGUGCUGCGCGCACUGGAUCGGGGAAAACCUUAGCAUUCCUUAUUCCUGUUCUCGAAAAGUUAGAUGCGGUAAAGUGGUCUCGGGAUUUCGGUUUGGGAGCUUUGAUUAUUACACCAACACGCGAACUGGCCUACCAAAUCUAUGAAGUUCUCCGGAAAAUCGGCAAGCACCAUAAUUUUUCUGCAGGAUUAAUUAUUGGAGGAAAGGAUCUGAAAUUUGAGACGCCCCGGAUGGGCAAAGUGAACAUUAUCAUCGGAACUCCAGGGCGGAUUUGCCACCAUUUGGACAAAAAUCCCAACAUUGAGUGCUCCAACCUGCAGAUCCUUGUACUGGAUGAAGCGGAUCGAAUUCUUGAUAUGGGUUUCGCUGAAGAAGUCAACGGAAUCCUUCAGCACCUUCCCUCUCGCCAGACCCUGCUGUUUUCCGCUACCCAAACCCGUUCUGUCAAAGACUUAGCCCGCUUGAGUUUAACCAACCCGGAGUUUGUAUCCGCUGACGAAGAUUCCCGUUACGCGACGCCGGCAUCCUUAACCCAGACGUAUAUCGUCAUUAAUGUCGAAGACAAGCUCAAUUUUCUAUGGUCAUUCCUGAAAUUUCACAAAGAAAAGAAGACGCUGGUGUUUCUAGCGUCAUGCAAACAGGUGAAAUUCAUUGACGAAGCCCUGCGGCAUCUCAAGCCCGGAGUGAGUUUGUAUGCUCUACAUGGCAAUAUGCAUCAGCUGCGCCGAAUGGAGAUCUACGAUAGAUUUCAUAGGAAGGAAAAAGCGGUUCUCUUAGCGACAGAUGUCGCGUCGCGAGGAUUGGAUUUUCCCAAUGUGGAUUACGUUGUUCAGUUAGAUUGUCCGGAUAAUGUGGUUCAGUAUAUUCAUCGUGCGGGCAGAACGGCGCGGUUUAACUUGAAUGGAGUUGCAGUUUUAAUUGUUACUCCUUCCGAGGAAGAAAGAUUUAUUCCCCAGUUAAUAGAUAAAAAAAUCCCCAUUGAGAAAAUGGAAACCAAUCACCGGCACUUGAAGCCUCUGAAUCUUGAGGCUAUGUUGGCACGAUUUCCUGGCCUGAACGAAUCGGCACAGCGAUGUUUCAAAGCUUAUUUAAAAUCGAUUUGGAUGACACAUGGAGAAAAAGGCAUGAAUAUCGAUCUGGAUGCCUAUGCCCGAUCAUUAGGAUUGCAUCAUAAACCACGCAUCCGCUUUUUUGAGAGAUUUAAGAAGGAACAAGAACGUCGUAAGGAUAAGAAAUCGGAAGAGGCUACAAUUGAAAAACUCCAAAGCAGUAGUAAAUCCAAUGCUUUUAAUGGAGAGCUUGAUGAUGAAUCGGACGACGAAGUACUGAUUCCCAAGAAAUCCCAAAGAAAAGAGCACGAUUUCGAAAAAGAAGAAACUCUUGAGAUUGCACCUAGCCGGGAAGAGCGGAGCAAUAGCAAAAACAAAAAUCGUUUAGUUUCGAAAGCUAUGCUAGCCAAUCGUCUAAUGAAGAAAGGGAUCGUUGUUAAUACACGUAUAAAGUUUGAUGACGAAGGGAACGUUGCGGAAGUUGAAGGAUCCGCAUUAGAAUCUGGAGAUGGAAAACACAAAGUGCCUGAAAAAGGUUUGGAUGUGGAGGAAGCAAAGAAAGCUUUGAUAAACGCCGAUGUGCAGGACCGUGUGGCAUAUCGACAAAGGAUUAAAGAAAAGCACAAAGAAGACAGGAAAAAAAGAAAGGCACUGCGGAGAAAACCCGGUCAGCCGUUAGGCAAAGAUGAGCGUCUACAGGCCGAAGACGCUGAUGAAGGCGUGACGUUGGCAGAAUAUGAAGGCGAUCCAGAGGAUGAGCCGGUGGCCUUUGAGGAAUACCAAGAUGAAGCUGUUCAAGAAGAACCUAGGAAGUCUAAAAAGAAGCGGCUUUCGGAAACAACUCCUGAUGAAAGCACCUUGAAGCGGAGAAAGCGUGAACAGUUAAGCAUUGCCGAAGAUGAAAGUUUAGCUUUGAAAUUAUUAUUAGGCUGAUGUUAAAUCAGCUGUAUGAUGUUAAAUCGUGUGGUGACUUUUGUGUAAUAAUAACUUUAUUUUUGCUUGCUGUUUUGUCAAGUUAUAAAAGCAUUAACAUGAUUCUUCGGUAUUGUUGCAAGUUUGAUAUCAAGAUUCGGGUUGCCGCUCCUGAAUACCUAACUGUUUACUGC